AGCUUUUGUUAUCCAGACGAAUAGUUUGUUCCCGAACUGUAGGGGAUUCCCCUGUUCGCCAUUUGCAAAAGUUAUCUCAAUAUCUGAUGUAAAACCAUUUGUUACUGACUUACUGAUUUGAAGAAGUGUUAUCUACACCAUAUUAAAAAUGUUUAGAGUGGUAAAAGAUGAAUUUCAUCUGCCUGCUGUAUAUAUAUAGUGCAAUCAAUGAUCAAAGAUAUUAUAAAAGUAGCAUACUGUUCAUCAUGAUUUGAAGAAGUUGCAGAAAACUUGCACACUUCCCUGACGGAAUUGGCUCAAAUUGUUGAUUAUAAGCCUAUGCAUUUUACCAUUUGAAUAUUGACAAAAUGACGUCUUACAGAUUAGAGAAAGAAAAACGACUUGAUGAAAAUCCAAUUGGACAUGCCCAUAAUUUAUAUAAAAAAUGUCAUAUUUAUUCAACUGACUUAGAAACUGAUAUCAAAACAAAAUUGGCAGAAUCAAUUUAUAAAAUUCUACGAAAAAGUCAGAGAAAUCAGCCACUUAAAAAAGUUUUUAAUUUCCCAAGUUUUAUGGAAGUUAUUGAAGUUACUAUUUCCAAUGGCCAUUUUGAGUUAGAAAAAUCUGCUAAAGCUUUCUUGGAGUUAGAGAGAUAUUUUAAAUUACUAUACUUUAAUCCAUGGAAAACUGAAUUUUGGACAUUGAAGCUUUAUUCGGGAUUCUACAAUGCCAAGGUCAAAUCUCAUCUUAGUAAACCAGAAGAGUUAUUUUAUUUAAUUGGCUAUAAAAAGGUUAGUGAUGACCAGUUAGUUCUUCCAGAACGUUUUGACAGAGACCGCAUCCUUGAUGUUUGUUUUGAGUGUCUGGUUGCAGCUGUUGAAUGUGCAACAAUUAAUGAUAUGUACAACGAAAUAAAACAUAAAGGGGGAGAAAUUACAGAUGCACUCGAGUGGAGGAAAACAGAUAAAAGACCGAGUGAGGAUGUUUUAGCUGAUAAACUCAAAGCCCGAUCUUUAUACUGCGGUUUAGGUAAUACAUUUGAUUAUGAUCCUUACCCAUACAAUGAUGAGGUAAAACCGUCUAGAAAAAAAAUUGAUGACAGGGACUAUGAUCAAUUGUUUGUUGAUGUUAAUCCUUUAAAAACUAUGACCAAACACAUUGAUGAUACGAUGGAAAAUGAAAUUCCCUUUAUGGAUGAUAAUAGUGGCAAUAAAUAUUAUUCCUACCCAGAAGCAACACAAGAUGAACAUAUGAAGGCCAGUUUGCAGGAAGUGAAAUUAAAAGAAGAAAGAAGUUUAAGACGUUCGAAAAAAAAUGACAAUGACUGGGAAUAUGUGAAUAAGAAAAAUCUUAUGCCUAAUGAAAAUCAUGAUUUAGAUUUGAAAUCCAUGAAUUUAUCAUUAUCAAGUAAAAAAGAGGAUAUUAUAUUUGUUAAUGGAAGAGAAGGUCGAAGAUACAACACAACUGGAAGUAGUCAUUCUAAUAUUGUAACCCACGACAAGAUUUAUAAUCAACCAUUUGAAUCUAAUAGACAUCCUGCUACAAAAAACACCCCAUUGUUAAACAAUGUUUCUUUUUUGGAAAGUAGCGAUUCUGGAGCUAGAAGUCAACCCGUGAGAACAAGGGAAGGUUUUGGCAGUCAUAAAAUUGAGAUGGAUGGCAGCACUUACAUGUCAAACUAUUUUGAUGCCUCAAUGAACAAACAAACGACAACAGGAGCUUCUAGUGAACAUGAUUUCAAGACUAAGACAAGAAUAAGCCGACGAUGGAUAUGUGCGUCAUGUACUGCAGAAAAUGAUAUCGAAUAUGAAAUCUGUGGUAUGUGUCACAAAAGUAAAUAUCAAGGCCCAGAUUUAGAUAUCCCCAAAGCUGGUGACAUGAAAAAGGUGUGUACAAGUUGUACUUUAGAGAAUUUGCCAUCAGCAGAAAUUUGUGAUGUAUGUCAUGAGAAACUGAAACCCUGUAAUGUUCAGACCUAUGUGUAGAUAUAUUGUUAUGUGAUAUAUAUAUAUAUAUAUAGAGCGCUUACUGUAAUACAAUGUCUUUCUUUGUUGUACUGAUUUAAUAUUUUAAUUGUGGUCAUGGGAAAGCAGUUACUGAUAAGUAAGAUGAUAUUGUCACCAGCCUUGUUCAUACUGUUACUAUCUGUCCUUUUUAUAUGCCAACAUGGAAAUGUGGUCAUAUAUUGUUGUGGGCCCAGUCCAUCAAUCCGGCCUCCAUUAUUGCUUGUAGACGCUCUACCUUUAUAGACAGUGUUUAAGGUCAUUAGAGGAAGAAGCCUAUGGAUUUUCCAUGAUUUCCAGUAAUUACUGCCAGAAUUAUGGUCCUUGAUUACUUCAAAAUAUCUUGUGGAUGCUCUACAGGCCAAAGAUAUUCGAAUGAUUUUAAAUUUAUAUUUGUUUUCCGAUAAUUACUUUUAGUAAUUGAAUUUAAGUGUAUUGUAAAUGCCUCAUUUAAUACCACAAAAAAAAUAUAUGCGACAAGCCUUCUUGGCUGCCCGGGCGCAUUAGCUGCUGUGGACAUGUUUGUUUAAAAGAAUUGAGAAGUGAAUUCUAGGAUUCCUAAGAACUGUUUACAGAAUAUAAUAUUCAGAUCUGUUUAGAGAUAUUUGAAGGGGUCAUGUUGUACCUAACCUCAAAAUUACAUAUUAUUAAAGAUGUUCCUGUCAAUCUCUGUAAAUGGUUGACAAAUGAAAUGAAAUGAAAUGGGGUUUAACGUCCUACUGUUCUGCUCCUAACCUGGGCUAAUGAAGACGGGAUAAAUGGUUGACAAAUCUUUUAUAAAAUUAUGAACAUACCUCAAUAAAUUCACAGUACUAAAGCUUGAGGGCUAAAUUAGUAAAUAAGUGCAACUACAUGUACUAGUAUUUGAGUGUAUUCAUAUUUAUUAAGCAAUAAUAAAAAAAAUGUCACUAUAAAUAGGGUGAAAUCUUAUAUUAUAGAACUCUUGAAACUAAAUCAACUGUAACAAAGUAAAAAUUAUUACACUUCCCCAUUUUAAUUCAUUUAGAGCUGUAUUCCCGUAUAAAUUAACUUUUGAGAAUAACGGACUGUUGUAUGUUUGUAUAUCACCACAAACGACAGGAGUAUUAUGUCCAUUAUUUUACAGCAUGAAUUAUUAAUGUACAUUCAUUUUGAUUAACGAAAAAAUAAAAGAUUGAAUCAGUAUUUAA